CAUGGAUGAUAUUGAAAUCCCUCCUCUUCGUUCUUUGGAUGAUUUCAUCAAGGAAUCGGCCAGAUUUUCUGCCCCAGCCCUAGGAAAUCCAACCAGAUGGGCCAAUCGGGUGAUAGAUAAUUUAUUGUACUACCAAUCGAAUUAUUUCCUCACUCUUAUUGUCAUUUUCCUUAUUGUUGGCUGUAUAAACCCUGUUCAGAUGUUAUGGGGUUUAGCCAUCGUGAUCGCAGCGUUCUUUGGAUUUGGUUACUGGUCUGCCAAUAAGAGAGAAGUAAACGAUUUCAAGAAAGCCCAUCCAGUGAUCUGUCUAAUUGCACUCUGCUUGGUGAUCUGGCUUUUCAUGUAUCUCUUUGGAAGCUUUCUCGUUCUCAUCUGGGGCUUGGCUGCACCAGCAGCUGUGAUCUUCAUCCACGCCUCCCUGCGGAUGCGCAACAUGAAGAACAAGAUGAGCAAGAAGCUGGAGUCCCUUGGCCUGAAGAGAACACCCAUGGGCAUCAUCCUGUUCACCAUUGGUCUAGAGGAGCAAGCAAGGUCAUGACUAGAGAAAAUGGGGUUUCAACUGUGCAGCCAGAGACUGCUUGAAGGCAAUGAGCACACCUUCAGGCAUCGUCUGGAGAGAGGUGUGGAGGUAGAUGGAAGCUGGUACCACGUACCUCACGAAGGAGAGGUAGUUACUCCCCGUCAGCAAUCAUUUCGUACAUUGGGGACUUUAGGAUUAAUGAUUAAGACCCUUCUAUCAUCAAGAAAUAAGUCUGCUCCAAGUAAGUCAUCUAAAAAUCGUUCGUCUGGAAGUAAACUUUCAGAAAAUCGUUCGUCUGGAAGUAAACUUUCAGAAAAUCGUUCGUCUGGAAGUAAACUUU